AAAAUUUCACAAAACCUAUUAUCAUGUUGAAUAUAAUACUGCUACUAGUUCAAAUGAGAGCAUGGAUAAUUGUAGUUCUGAUGAAUCAGAGAUUACAUAUGAGCAAAAUAACAACCCGAACCUGAUAUUCAAUAUUCAAGAUAUCGAAGAUGAAGCUUGUAAAACAUUUGAUAUCCAAGAUAUUACUAGCGAAGCUCCUGAAUUUGAGUUAAUAGUAAUCAAUAACCAGCAAAUAGCUUACAAUUAUGAUCAGAUAUUUGAGGAAAAUAGUAAGUUUGGUCAUAUUAUUGAAGGAAAUUGCGAGUCUAAUCAAAUGUUUAAGAAUAACAUAUUAGAAAAUGAUAAGAUUAGUGAAGAAAUUUGUAGUAAUGACAGUGAACUUAGUGAUAUUGAUAAUGCAGAAUUUCCAAAUACAGCGUAUAGAGAUUUUAUAGAUAUAGAAAUGUUAUCUCGAUCAACAAAAGAUGGACUUCAUUUCUUGGAUACAUUAAAAAAAAACCAUACUAAGUUUUUUUCAACUUCUGUUAUGAAAAUAAAUAAUCAAACAUAUUCAUUUGAAUACCAGCCAAUAAUUUCAGCAGUUAAAGAAAUUCUCAAAAAUAAAGCGAUCGCAACAAACUGUAUUUUUGAUUACCAAGAGAUUUAUAUAUCGAUUGAGAGUCAUCAAGAAAGAGUAUAUUCUGAAUUUUAUAAUUGUAAGUGGUGGCACCAUGCACAACAACAAAUUCCAUCUGACAAUAAGGUUUUAGCAAUAAUAUUAUACUCUGAUGCAACUGCACUAGACCGUUUAGGAAAAAGCUCCAAACAUCCAAUAUAUAUUAGCUUAGGUAAUAUUCCAACAAAAUUUCAUAAUAAACCUGAAGCUUAA